UCUUGGUGUCAAAACGAAAAGAAGAUUGGCGAGUACGGCGCCCGAAGGCAGCACUGCUACCACCCGUUGGUUGCCCUGCGUGAUCGUGUGUAUUGAUAGAGAUCCCCCCUCACCACCCUUUGGAAAUCGUUCGGGCCCGUCUCAAAUUAGCCUCAUCAUAGUGUUUGCGUGUCUAGCGAAAGCUCCGUGUGAUAGUGCCGCGUGCCCAUGUGCAUCUAUGGAGCCGACUGCGCAGUCCACACCACUGAUUAGCACUAGUUUGACAACCCCUUGGUGCCCUCCACCACCGCAGGAUAAAGCCGCCGCCCCUGACAGUCUCACACGGAGACGUCGACUUCUUCAGUUUGAAGCCAUAUCUCAACCAUCCUCCCAUGCCCCCCAACCGUGGCAUAGCUCCUACACUGCUAUCGUCUUGGAACCUUUCCCAGGACAUUGUUCACUUGUCUGCCAGCGGCGAAGAGAAUCAAGAUCGUCUUUCUGGCGCCGGGUAUGCCGGGACAGAACAGGGUCUGCCUGCUACCGUCUCUCUGUGUCUGAAACCUGGAGGCUCGAGGAGCGACCGGCAAGUACCGGCACCUCGUGGACAAAAAAGCCGAACUCCAUGCUCAUAUAUCGACCAUGGAAACUUCGAGUCCUCGACUGUGAGAACAAAACGAAAGCCACCAUAAAGCCGAAAGAAACCGCAUUUACUCCAUUACUGUUCUUUUUCCCUCUUUCGUUUCUUGCUUUCCUUUCGAGUUCGGCUUUCUUUUGGCCAGAGGCUGCCCGGCUAUUGCCGCUGAAGAUAGGCGUGAUGCUGAGGGCGAUGGUAAAAUGAAGUUACCCAAUCUAGGAGUUCGCGGUUGGUUUCAUUGUCGGCUUGGGCCUGGGCGGCCGUUUUGACCACAGCGCCGUCAUCGCCGACUGAAGUGAGCAAAUGGAACAAUAAUUGUUAGCAUUCAUCUCUCUCCAUCUUUUAGUUACUGCCUCAACGGAAAGCCACUGACC